AUGAAUGCAGAGGCGCUGCUCCACGAGGCAGACCCGCUGGUAUCACAGGCGCUGGAGCGCGCGCUAUCAGAUAGGGAGGUAUCAGAGAGUGACGCGCUGAUCCUGCUACAGGCCCGCGGCGCCGACUUUCAUCUGGUUGGAAUGGUAGCCGACGAGCUUCGCAGGCGCAGCGCCGGCGACCUAGUGACAUACGUUGUAAAUCGCAACAUCAACUUUACAAACGUCUGCAUCAAGCAGUGUGGCUUUUGCGCGUUCAGCCGGGACUUUAGGGAGGAGGAGGGAUACUACCUUCCGCCAUCAGAGAUAGUGAGGCGCGCAGCCGAGGCGCACCGGAUGGGGGCCACCGAGGUAUGCGUCCAAGCCGGCCUGCCCCCGGACAUGCCCGGCGACACCUACGAGAAGAUAUGCCGUGCCAUCAAGUCCGAGAUACCAGACAUCCACAUACACGGGUUCUCGCCCGAGGAGGUACUGUAUGGCGCCGCAAGAUCCGGCGUCACGGUGGUGGAGUUUCUGCGCAGGCUCAAAGAAGCCGGCGUAGACACCCUGCCAGGAACGUCUGCAGAGAUACUGGACCAGGGGCUCCGCGACAGGAUCUCGCCGGGAAGGAUCACGGUAAAGGAGUGGGUGGGCGUGAUAACUGCCGCCCACAGGAUGGGAAUCCGCACAACAUCCACCAUGAUGUUUGGACACCUAGAGUCACUCCAGGACAGGGUGCGGCACAUUGCCAAGAUACGCGACAUCCAGAAGGAGACCGGGGGGUUUACCGAGUUUGUUCCGCUGAACUUCAUCCACACAGAGGCGCCGAUGUAUGCAAGGAACCUGCACGACGGCAUCAAGUCUGGAGCGUCAGCUCCGGAUGUCAUGCUGACCCACGCGGUAUCAAGGAUCAUGCUGAACGGCCUCAUAGACAACAUCCAGAUGUCUUGGGUCAAGGAGGGGCCGAGGUUUGCGCAGGUGCUUCUGGGCUGGGGCGCCAACGACUUUGGCGGGACGCUGAUAAACGAGAGCAUCUCCACAUCUGCAGGGGCAUCACACGGGCAGCUGCUAAGACCCAAGCAGAUCCGGCAGCUGGCAAGGGACAUCGGAAGGACUCCCGCCGAGCGCGACACGAGAUACGGGAUCAUCAGGACGUUUGACGACGAGCCUAAGGAGGGCGCACUGGAUGUGGCAGCAGACUCGCAGUUUGGAUCCUACUUUGAGCUCGUCAAGAUCAAAAAGUUCCGAUACGACAAUCCGCGGACAAGGUAA